AGCACUGUCCACCCGUGGAAAUGGCGCUCAGUGGUGUCGGAGCCUGAAGUCAGAGCUGCUCUAUCAGUCUCCGCUACGAGGACUAUUCGCAUGGGUUGAUAAACUAUCGGAUUAUGAGCGAGAAGAGGAGACGUGGAGAGAUUCGUUAAAUAAAGCCGUGAUCACCGUGCAGUGAAAAAUGCACAACCUGACUGCCCGGGUCACCAGCAGCCUGCUGCCUUACCCAGCAGUUACUGUAGACGCUCUGGGGGAAGAUGAGAUCACCCUAGACUCUGUGCUACAUGGGAAGUUCACCGUUGGUCGCAGCGGGUUGGCCUGGCUGGCCUGUGGCCCCCAUCUGGAGGUCGUCCAUGCAGUAACAGGAGAGCGACUGUCUGCGUACUGCUUCGGUGGUGGAGGAGAGCACCCACCCAGUGUCCUAGCUGCCAGGGACUUCAGCUGGCUCAAACGGUCUGGAUUGCUUGUAGGCCUGGAGGAAGCAGAGGGCAGUGUGCUGUGUCUUUAUGACUUGGGACUGUCCAGGGUGGUCAAAGCUGUGGUAAUACCAGGCAGGAUUACAGCAAUUGAACCGUUGGUGAGUUAUGGCGGAGCAAGCACUUCAACCCAGCAUCUUCACCAGAGUCUGCGCUGGUUCUUUGGCAUCGCUGCCGUAGUAACGGACCUAGGCCAUGUUCUGCUUGUGGACCUCUGCCUGGACGACCUGUCCUGCAGCCAAAGUGAACUGGAGGCUUCAGACCUGCAGGUCGUGACCAAAUCUCCUUCGGAGAUCCCCAGACUUCGAGAAGUCAGCACCAGACAAGGCAGACAUCUUUGUCUCCAGCUGAAUGCUCCCAGUGGAGUGGGAGCCACAGCUCUGCAGUACAUCUCCAGGACCAACCAGCUGGCAGUGGGAUUUUCUGAUGGAUACUUACAGCUGUGGAACAUGAAGGCGCUGAAGAAGGAAUACCACUCCCAGUUGGACAGUGGCAGGGUGCCCAUUCACGCCUUCACCUUCCAGGAACCUGAAAACGACCCCAGGAACUGCUGCUACCUCUGGGCUGUUCAGUCUUCUCAGGACCUUGAGGGAGAUAUGGUCAGCCUCCGCCUGCUUCAGCUGGCGUUCAGUGAAAGGAAGUGUCUCGCUUCUGGAAGGAUCCUCUAUGAGGGUCUGGAGUAUUGUGAGGAGCGUUACAGUCAGGACUUGAGUGGCCCAGCCUUCCCUCUCAGGGCCCAGGCCACCAACACCCGUCUGCUGAGUUGCCAAACCAUUGAGAAGUUCAGAGCUCAUCCUGACAGAGAUGACAGCAUGAAUGAAGUUGCCUCUCCAGACACCAGUGUGUCUAUCUUCAGCUGGCAAGUGAGGGCAUACGGGCAGGGGACCCCAUCUACCUACAUCGGGGUUUUUGACAUCAACCGAUGGUACCACGCACAAAUGCCAGACUCCUUAAGAACGGGGGAGUCUCUUCAAAAUUGUCCCUACCUGGCGGUCUGGUCUCUGGACUCUGUGGUGCAGAUGGUGUCUCAGCACCUCCUCCUCGAUGUGCUGGUGCACGAGCGCAGCCUGAGCAGAGGCAUGCCCUUCACCUGCCCCCCAUCAGAACAGUACUUUAACCCCACCACAUACAACUUUGAUGCUACCUGUUUGCUCAACUCCGGAAUAGUGCACUUAACCUGCUCUGGGUAUCAAAAAGAGACACUGAGCUUUUUGAAGAAAGCUGCCCCUUGUUCCAGUGACAUCAUCUCCUCCAGCUACUCUCGCUGCCUCAUGUCUGGCCUCCUCUCAUCGCGCCUGGCUGACACUCAGGCCUCCAGCCUCUCUCAGGAGGAGCAGCUGGAUGCCAUCUUGUCCACAGCGGUCGAGACCAGCUCUUUGGGACUGAUCACUGGCUGUAUUAAGCAGUGGACUGCAGAAGAACAACCAGGCUCUGCUCUGAAUCUGCGCUACAUCCUGGACUGGGCCUGGAACAAAGUAGUACAGACAAAGGAAGAACUGGAUGGAAUCUGUGCACCGCUGUUUGACAGCUCAUCCAACUUCACAGACCCUCAGACGCUGCAGCUUCUUCAGCACAGCCAGAGGCUGCUCAGUAACCUCAGCACCAUCUUCCACUGUCUGCUCAGUGAAGCUCAGGAGCUCACACAGAAAGGUCUGGUGGGUCUAAUGAACAAGAACAUGGUGUCCAGUCUCAUUUCCAAGUACGCUCAAGUGGUGCUCUGGUUCUGUCGUACUGGUCUACUGCCCGAGGGAUCAGACGAUGACGCUCUCCAGAUCUCCAGGCCUUUCUACACUCCCUCAGUCAUCGGCAACUAUUAUACGAUACGCAGAGAGGAGCUCACCAGGCUGUCGAAGGGCAAGUGGUGUGCAGACUGCCUGAUGAUUGACGGGUUGGUCGGCCAGUGUGGUGAUCGCUUGACCAACCUGUGGAAAAGGGAUGAAGGCGGUACAGGGCAGUACCCCCCACCAUCAUUGCAUGCCUUGUUGGACAUUUAUUUACUGGAAAACAUUGACGAAGCCGCCAAACAUGCCAUUGUGAUUUACCUUUUGCUCGAUGUCAUGCACUCCCUCCCUAAUAAGGAGGGAGCAUCAGUGGAGUUUUUCCCCACAGCUUUUGCCAUUCCCAUUGGACUGGUGAAACUCGUACAGGGCCUCUGGCUUCUGGACCAUCAUGACCACCAGAGUUCAUUCGAGCUGCUCCUUCAUCCAGCAUCCUCUCAGUGUCAGUUUAAGUGGCAGCACGAGCGGGUCCUGCAAGCUCUCAUGUGCCAGGGUCAACACCCGGUGGCACUACGAUAUUUUCAAGUCACAAAACCCCCAAUUUCCUCCACUGCCCAGGCCAAACUCUGCCUGUCUGUCCUGCUACACAACAGGUGUCUCAUCGAGGCGUGGGCUUUACUUCGGCAGCACUCUAGUCGUCUCAACAUGGCCGAGCUGAUGGGUUUCCUGUAUGAGAGCUGCCAGGAGCUGGGCCUCAUCAAGGAGCUGCUCAAACUGCCCCUGGGCCUCGCUGAGCAGGAAUGUUUGGAGAAGUUUCUCCAGGGGACCGGAGGUCUCCAGAACCGAGAACUGCUGAUGGUUCAUUACCUCCAGCAGGCCAACUACAUUCCUGCCCUCCAGCUCAACCACAGCCUCAAACUGAACCUUGUGAAUGAGCGAGACCCAAAGCUUAAAGAACGAACAAACACCAGGAACUCGAUAUUGGAUCAGUACGGAAAAGUUUUACCCAGAGUUCAGAGGAAACUGGCGAUGGAGAGAGCCAAGCCCUACCAGCAUUCCUACGCCAUCCACAGAGAAGUCUCUCGACCACAGCCACUAUCAACCAUCACCAAGCGCUCCGCCAGUGAGAAGGUGAUGUCGAGGGCCGGCUUCAUCAACAAUCUCCUGACAAAGAUCGAGGAAGUGUGGUUAGGCAAAGGAGAAACACCGCAAUCCUCACCAGCAAAGAGGGCUGCUGAUGUUAAGAGCCCCAAGUCCUCUUCCUCGACUCUUCCUGACCCCUUCCUGGGGACACCGAUCACUAUGACCUCCAAACGGAAGUCAAGGCUCAUGGACUUGGUGGUUCACCCCUCCUGUCAGACCCCCCGCCCUCUGCUCAGCCCCCCCAGACCUCCCAGCUCCUGGAUCUCUCCAAAGAGCACCAGCAAGGGGCCUGAGCUUAGUCUUCUGCAAACACCGCAGGUCGUCAAGCGAGCUCGCGCCUUGGCUGCCUCCGUCCUGUUCUCAGCCUUCACUCCACAGUCCAUCCUGCGCAGCAGCCUGAGGCCCACACCUGUUGCCACCCCCUCUGCUUCUCCAGGACGCUCCCUUACGCCUCCACCUCGCAGCAAAGAGAACCGGAUCACCUUCAUCGAAGAGGCUGAAUCUCCUGAACCAGAGAAGGGCAUUCGAUGGACUAAUGGGAUGGCAGCAGACAGCGAGAUUAGCUUGUUGACCAGAGGCUCUUUGCUGUCCAAGUCCUCCCGUAAAAUCUGGUCCGCACAGCCUGCGGAGGAGGAAGAGGAGGAGGAAGAGGAACAACCUCAUGUAAAGUUCUUGCCUCCAGAAGGGGGUAUUCCCUCUCCAGAGCUGAGAUGCUUCGAGAGCGAGCCUUCCUCGCUCAGUGAAGUCGCUGCUGAAACCAAACCAUUACACCUCAGCCUGAGCUUCGACACCAGCCAGGCGUCUCUCCGAUCAACCGACACCACCCUGGAGUUCUUUGAUGCUCCACUCUCUGCGGUCCAGGAAGGAGAGGAGGGACAUGCUAUUUCAGAGGAAGAUGGAGUGGUAGUGACGAUGAGCAGAAAAGGACUGAGGGAAAAGGAAGAAGCACAGGAAAUACCCUCGCCUAUCACAGAGCAAACCCCUCCCCUGACCUCAGAAGAGCACACUGAGGAUGACGACAUAGAGGACACUCCCCCAGUGACGGAAGAGGAAAUAGUUGAGGAGGUCAUGGAGAUUGGUCUUGAUCAAGAAGUUCAAAACGAAGAAGUUCUGUCUGAAAAUGAAGACAAACAGCAUGCCGAGUCAAACAGCGAACAAGAAGGUGCUGCACUUCUCGACCAUGAGCAGUUGUCCAGUCUCAAUCAAGUUUCUAUCCAGGUAACUGAGAGUGAAGAGCCUGUCCCUGAAGUGGAAUGUCAGGAUCAGCUGUUAAUUGCUACAGGGCAGGACGUCCAAUCAGAGGCCACAGAACAAACAGAGAUCAUUGAGCAGGAAGCAACCCCUGCAGCAGCUGAACCCUCAUGUGAACCUGAAGAGGAUCCAGAGCCAUCGACAGAUCUGACAGAGUUCGUGCAGAGACAUUUGUUUGACAGUGAUUCGAUCUCACUGCUCGCCCGCUCAGGAAUCCAUGAAACAUCACCGACCCUGACAACCUUCAACAAUGAGUCAUUAUGUGAGGAGGAAGAGGAGGAGGAGCCAUCCACUGCUGAAGCUCCCCCGAUAUUAACCAGCCAGAAAUCUACUACCUCUGUGACAUCCUCUGAGCCUACAGGCACAGACUCCCACUCUGUUGUGAGUGUAAACGAUAGUGAAGAGCUUUCCAGCCCUGUGUCUGAGGAAGAAGAAGAUGAGGAGGAGGAUGAAGAGGAUUCUGAUCAAUCUGAGGAAGAAGAGGAGGAGGAAGAGGAGGAGGACUCUGGUAGUGAGGUGGAGAUCAUCGACGAGGUCCAGGGUAAUGGGAGGCUGCCCCCCCUACAACCCAGCACAGUCUUCAUACAACAGGAACACACACACUUUCUGUCAGAUCUGUCAGAGCCAGAGGCUGCAGCGUUCUCUCUCAUCACACCUGCUGCUGAGAUGAAGAUGGUUGAGGAGGACUUAGAAGGGGAGGUGGUGAUGGUGAGACUCGGGGCGGAUGAUGGAGGCCUGCUGGCAGAUGAGGAAGAGCAAGGGUCUUCAUACAUGGAGCUCAAACCCUCUACCACUCUCCUGGUUCCCCUGGAGCUGAUGGAGGGCCAGGACGGUCUCGUGGAUGGUGCUCAGCUGGAUCUUCCUGAGCUCCAGCAGACCGUGCAAGACGACCUGACGUGUGAAACACAAGGCGGCUUCUCUCUGAUGCUGGACGUGGAAGAGGAUGGGGACAAAGACGCAGACACCCUACCCAUGGAGAACGAUCUUCAAUCCUCUGAGCCUCCUGCCCUGUCUUAUGAUGAACUUGUGGCCAAACCCGAGGUUAUUCUUUUGGGCAUUGAUGAUCAGGUCUCAGAAGAGGACCAGAGAACAGAGAUGGACAGCUUGGGUGGAAUUGAGGAAAAAGGACCGACAGAAUCAGAGCUUGAAAAACUGUCUGAUCAAGCUGAGCUACCAAGUGAAUUAAUCACAGUAAACCAUGAGGCAGAAGAUGUUGAAGAAGAGCUGGUAACAUUGUCUGAAAAACACCAGCCAGAAGGUCUUUCAGAGUCUCUGUCACCUGCAGAGGAAGAUCUCCAAGCUGUAAUGGAUGAAAACGACUCAGUUGCAGACAAUGAAUCUGUUGAGGAUAAGAUGAGUGAGGAGAAGCAUGUUGAUGAGGAGGAGGAGAAACUAUCACCUGCAGAGGAAGAACCCUCAGCUGUAAUGGGUGAAAGUGACUCCAUUGCAGACAAUGAAUCCGUUGAGGACAAGAUGAGUGAGGAGGAGAACAAACCAUCACCUGCAGAGGAAGAACCCUCAGCUGUAAUGGGUGAAAGUGACCCUAUUGCAAAGAACGAUUCAGCUGAACAGGAGAUAAAAGAAGAGGAUGAUUAUCCAACAACUUCUGAGGAAGAGCUCCCAGCUGUUAUGGAUGAAAACAACUCUGUUACAAAGAACGAUUCAGCCGAAGAGGCGGAUGAACCAACAACUGCUGAGGAAGCACUUCCAACUGUAAUGGAUGAAAAUGAAUCUAUUACAAAGAGCGCUUCAGCUGAAGAGGAGGUAAAAGAAGAGGAGGAUAAACCAUCACCUGUUGAGGAAGCACUUCCAACUGUAAUGGAUGAAAACAACUCUGUUACAAAGAGCGAUUCCACCGAGGAGGAGGAUAAACCAACACGUGCUGAGGAGCAGGUAGAGCCUCAAGAAAACGGCCCAGUUGUCAUGGACAUUGAGAUCUCCCCCUGUGUGGAGACAACGACUGCUGUGGAGGAGAUGCAGCAGGCUGAUGAAUUCUUAAAAGAGACAGAAGAGCAAAUCAUUGAGGUUUCUAAGACGGAGAAAGAAACAACAACAAUAACCAGGGGCAAACAGAGAAAACCAAAAGAAGCUGAAGCAGAAAAGCCAACGAUGAUUGAAGCUUUGAGCUCUGAGAGUCAGCCAGAAGAGCCGUCUGUGCUGGAAACCUCUACUUCUCUGAGGAAAAAGAAAGCUCCUUCGACCCCAACAAGGAGAACCACAAGAGGCAGGACGGUCAAGUUCAUCUCCCCUCUCACAGAGGAAGCAGAGGAGCCACAGGAGGACGGGAGAGUGGAGGAUGUAGAAACGAGCCAACCGGUCCCUUCCUCACCCAGUCGUACACCGAGAAAAGGUAAACAGAGCAAAGAUAUCAACGGACAAGCUAGCACACCUCGAAGAAGUGCCCGCAAAGCUCAGCAGGGGCCUUCUAAUGGUGAAGUGGAGGCCAUAGUUAACACUGCUGCUGUGGCAUCAACGUCUAAGACCUCGUCUCCAGGCAGACGGCGGGUUUCCCAGAGAGCCGCUUCAACAAGGAGCCAGAGUGGCAGUGACGAGGUGUCUGCAGCCCCAGGGCCUGAAAUCAAAGACGAGGAGGAACAAGAGGAUGACGUCCCAGAUGCAAAGGUUUCUCAACGAACAAGCUCCAAGACUCCCACACCUGCCAAACGAAGGCUCCCUGAGGCGAACACUCCGAGGAGAUCCAGCAGGAGGAUACUGAGCGGCAGUGAGGUCGUGCAGACACCUUUAGAGGCUUUGAAAGAAGAGGAGCAGGACGAGGUCUUUGCAUCACCUGUUAAACGCAGCUCCAGGACUCGACAGUCAAACCAGACGUCUCUUAGUCUUCAUCCACAAAGUGCAAGAAAGACGGGAAGAGAGACAGUCUCUGAAAACACUAAAGAAAGUGAAGUUCUACACGAGCCUGAGCUGAACAGCCGUGCUGCUCGCACCAACUCGCAUCGACCCACCAGAAGCCAACUCUGGGAUCACCCUGAGGAAGACCUUCCCCUAUUGGACUCCCCGCUUGAGGUGGACUCUGAAACCCCUGUCGCAGACGCCCUCAUCAAGAGACUUCAGGAUGAAGAAGAGAAACAGGAAGGAGGAGUAGUCAUCUCAAAGAUGGUGAGAACCAGCAAGAGGAGCACCAAGUCGUCCGUUGAGCAGAUUCAAUCCGUUCCUCCUGAGAAAGACAGUCUGAUCCCCGAAGAAGCAGAGUCUUGUCCAGACGAGCAUUCGUUCAUCUAUUCGCCCUCACGUAGAAGAACAAGAGCCAGCAGAGCAGAGUCUCCGGGGCCGAGUGAAGAGUUGCCGGUACCCGUCACUCGCAGCAGGAGAAGAGUCGUCAAGGACGCUCCUCAUGACACAGAAGAAAAUGUGGAAGAUGAAAAAGAAGCCCCUGCUAGCACGAGAAAAACAGCCAGACGAACAGCCAAAUCCAAAGCCGUUCCUGAGCCGCCUCCCAUAGCACAGGUGGACCUGAUCUCACCUCUGCCUAGCCCAGUUGAUCCACCUCAGCGAGUACAGAGGAGGACAAAGGAGGCAGAGGCCCCCGCCUCCAACAUGAACCUCCGACGCAAACGCAUAAUGGACACCGUUUUCACCAAACCCGUCACACGGAGGAAGAAACUCUGAGGAGGUCGAUGAGGAGUAAACCUUUGAACCUCAGUCAGCAGCCAGAAGACUUUAAACAAACUGUUUGAGAAGCUGUCUAAUAAAAGUGUAUGCAUAAACUCCUCCUAACGGUUAUAUCUCCUCAGAUGCCUCGCAGUGCUGCAGUUUUCUUUCUUUCUUGACUUCUCUGUAGGGCAAAGAAAUAAAGCAAUGUAGGCAUGAAAAUAUAUUUUGAGACAAAACACAUGGGUGUACAGCCAUGUGAGUGGACUAUAUUUUUGGAGUUUACACAGCACUGUUACAAACUCGCAUAAUCUCACAUCUGUGGCUGUUUUGUGUUGGACUUUGUAAUGCUCCUGCUACGAUGAAGUCUUUGGCUGUAGAGUGAAAUGAGGGAAAGCAACAGUGUGGAGUUAGUAAACCAGAGAGACUGAAGUGAACUUGCCUCAGCUGAAGAGGUUUUAUUUACAUUCUCUAAUAUUUUAAUUUUUUUCUGCUGAUGUUUACUUUUAAGAUUUCAAAGCCUGCUGUUUUUUUUCUAUUUAAGAAGAAAGGCAACCAACCCAGUGGAGACCUGAGGUUUCUACUGAUAGAUUUGUAAAUAGUCUUUUGCUAUGUUCCAAAUAAAGUUAAUAAAUAAAUCAUCAACGAAUAAUGUUCAUUUUGAAGUGUGAAGUGUCUGGAUUGCAUUUGAUCAUCUUAUCAGACUGCCUAUGCCAUAGUCUUAAACUUUCAGUGAGUGGAGGGAGAUUCUGUGACCUAGACAGAUGUGUACGCUUCAGAUUUUUGUCUAUUAGAGGGAUGUUGUAUAGUGUGAAUGAAAACAAAACUUGCACAGUGGUUUGAGUUGGUUAAAUUCCUUUGGGAUAUGUUAAUAGGCUUGUUUAAUUAAAAUAUGGCAAAUCCCAUCUGACAAAAGGCUAUUUUCUGAUGAAUGUAUGUAGAAUGUCUUAUUUUUGAUGACUGCUCUUUGAUAAAUAUGGUAAAGCUUGAAUA